UUCAUCAAGUUGGCCAAAAGUGGGCUUUUAGGGAGGGGGAGCUAGGAGAUAGGAGCUAAAAUGGCUCGUUUCAGACAGGAUGAACUGAGGGUCUGCAUAAAAGGCCAGAAUAAGAUAAAUAAGGAUUUUUUUGAACUGUGAAUAAUGCAGAGCUACUCUAGUGGAAUCCCAGAAUAAAAAUAUAAAGCUUGAAAUGAGCAUAAUAGGUCCCCUUUAAGAUGUUUAAUGUUGGCACAAAAUAUUGGCAAAAUAUAAAUAUUUCAUCCACCUACUGUUCUAUGUUUUUAUGUCUAUCUAUUCACAUGACACCACUGAGUCAGGGUCAGCGAGGUUUACAGUAUAGAAGGUGACUUGUGCCAGCUUCUGACGAUGACAACAAGUGCUGCAGACUCAGGCACAUGCAGUCGUAUAUUCCUGAUCUGCGUUUAGUAUUUCAGCUCUAUUAAUAGUCAUCUCCCAGUCUCCUCUCCACCACUGGGACUGACACACACACACACACACAAAUGCACGAAAAGACACACAGCUCUCCGGCAGGCCUCAAAUAUCACAUCGACCGUCACAUAGUCGAAGAUUGGGCCAUCAAAACAGCUGCAGUAGAGGCAGCACAAGUGGUUACUGUAUUUAUUUUUGCGGUUGAUCAAACAAAGCAAAGUUGGAGAGAUUUCUUGAGAGAUUAUUGUAUUUUAUAUAUUUUUUUUUUUUUAAGGUGCUCAAAGGCUCUGCCAAGUGUGGCAGCUGGUGUUUACAAGUCCUGAAGGUUGUUUAAAGUGUUAAGGGUGGAAAACAGCAAACCUCCUUCCUCCUCUGCCUCCUCUUCCCCUGCCAGCCUCUUUUUCCUCUGGAGGAAAAGGGCCAGUCGGCGUGUGCUGCGGUGAAGGAAAGGUGGUUGACAGCGACACCAAAACCGUAUCUCUUGAAACUGCUUUGCAAAGAAGGCAUCAUCGCAAGGUUUCCUGGAGGUUGUUUGGAUAUUUGCGCGGCAGUCAGAGAGUAAAAACCUGCAGCCAUGUCGCCUUUCCUGCGAAUUGGGUUCUCUAACUUUGAGAUUGAUCCCGGUCUGGCCUACCAUGAAGAGGUGCUGAACCCGUACUGCGCUGUUUACAUGAAGGAGGCCAUCGACACAGAAAAGGGCCAAGUGUACAAGCAGAAGAAGCCCACAAUGUACCCGCCGUGGAGAACCACGUUUGAUGCCCACGUUCACCGCGGUCGCAUCAUGCACGUGAUGGUGAAGGACCGGACAGCAGAGCUAAAGUCUGAGGCCACGGUGGCUCUGGACUUGCUGGCAACACGAUGCAAGAAGGAGAACGGCAAGCUGGAGAUCUGGCUGGAGCUGAAGCCACUGGGCCGCUUGCGGAUGGAGGCCAGGUAUUAUCUGGAGAAAAGCGAUGCGGCAGGUCAGACUGAGGGAGACCCCGAGUCCGAACUAGAGAGAGAGGGUCUGUUCGCCCUCCAUCAGCGGCGAGGUGCCAUCAAACAGGCUAAAGUUCAUGUUGUCAAAUGUCAUGAGUUCAGCGCCACGUUCUUCCCUCAACCGACCUUCUGCUCCGUUUGCAAAGAGUUUGUCUGGGGUCUUAACAAGCAGGGUUACCAAUGCAGAGAGUGUAAUGCAGCUAUUCACAAAAAAUGCAUAGACAAAGUAAUCGCCAAAUGCACUGGUUCAGCCAUUAACAGUAAAGAAACAAUGAUCCACAAGGAGCGCUUCAAGAUCGACAUGCCCCACAGGUUUAAAGUCUACAACUACAAAAGUCCCACUUUCUGUGAACACUGUGGUACUCUGCUGUGGGGCCUCGCCAAGCAGGGGCUCAAAUGUGAGGAGUGUAGCAUGAACGUCCAUCAUAAAUGCCAGAAGAAAGUAGCCAACCUCUGUGGGGUCAACCAAAAACUGAUGGCCGAAGCUCUGGCCAUCAUUGAGAGUAAACAGCAGGCCAGAAGCACCAAAGAAACUGAAAUUAUUGGUCGAGAAGGUCCAGUAGGUGUUGGGCAGCCAGGAAUGGUCCGUGCUCCGUCUGGGUUAGUAACUGGUGUACCAGCAACAGCUACACCUGCAAACAAAGAGUUGCAGGGUAUUUCGUGGGACGGACCAACUGACAUCAGCAGGUCGAUCGCUGAGGUGCUGACAGACGAAGAGCCUCUGUACGCUGUUCCUAGGAAGGAUCACCAACCCAGAUUCACCGUUGAUGACUUCAUCCUGCACAAGAUGCUUGGGAAAGGCAGCUUUGGCAAGGUAUUUUUAGCUGAGCUGAAAAAAAGUGGGCAGUUUUUCGCAGUGAAGGCCCUGAAAAAGGAUGUGGUGCUGAUGGACGAUGACGUUGAGUGCACCAUGGUGGAGAGGAGCGUCCUCUCUUUGGCCUGGGAAAACCCUUUCCUCACGCACCUUUACUGCACUUUCCAGACCAAGGAGAACCUGUUCUUCGUGAUGGAGUAUCUGAAUGGUGGGGAUCUCAUGUUCCACAUCCAAAACUGCCACAAGUUUGACUUGCACAGAGCCACCUUCUAUGCAGCUGAGAUCAUCUGUGGGCUUCAGUUCCUGCACUCUAAAGGAAUCAUUUACAGGGAUCUGAAGCUGGAUAAUGUGCUGUUGGACUCUGAGGGUCAUAUAAAGAUAGCAGACUUUGGCAUGUGUAAGGAGAACAUGCAGGACGACUCGCGGACGUGCACCUUCUGUGGGACACCCGACUACAUCGCUCCUGAGAUCCUGCUGGGUCAGAAGUACAACAGUUCAGUGGACUGGUGGUCGUUUGGAGUGCUGCUGUACGAGAUGCUGAUCGGUCAGUCUCCAUUUCACGGCCGCGAUGAAGAGGAGCUGUUUCAAUCCAUACGAACAGACAACCCUGUUUAUCCCCGCUGGCUCACCAAAGACGCCAAGGACAUUCUGGUCAAGUUGUUUGUGAGGGAGCCUGAGGAGCGCCUGGGAGUGAAGGGAAACAUCAGACGGCACAAUUUCUUCAGCAGCACCGACUGGAGCGCCCUGGAACAACGACAGGUGGAGCCGCCCUUCAGGCCAACUUUAACGUCGCCCAGCGACUGCAGUAACUUUGACAAAGAGUUUAUUAAUGAGAAGCCCCGGCUGUCGUGUGCCGACCGGACGCUCAUCAACAGCGUUGACCAGACAAUGUUCAGAAACUUCUCCUUUGUCAACCCUGGUACCCGUGGAUGGCUCACAUCGCAGCACGCUGACCACCCGACCAGCAACCUACUACCUACAAACAAGCCGCUCAGUCACAACCAGCACUUACUCUAACUGAAACAAACUGCAGAGACUUUAGACUGUGAAUGUCACAAAACUCAACUGUAUCCAUAAACAUGAUGAUAACCACUAAGAAGGUGGCCAGGGUGUCAGGCACAUUCAAAGCAACUGUGACGGGAACUUUGUCGCAUGUCUUUUCUGUCUCUCUACAUUUUAAAAUUUCAAAUAAAACUAAAAUAUCCACAAAAUCUUUUAAAACAGCCAAACAACAAAAACAUCUGGGCUAGACCAAGACUCAUAAAAAGUAACAAUUUACCUGAAGUCCAUUAUGAUGCCUCACAUAUAAUUAGUCAAUUACGUAGUGGCAUUAAUCAUUAUCACAGUGUAAAUCAUAACUCCAAGACAAACAUAGUCAAUUUCUUUCAGUUUAAAAGCAUAUCAUUAAUUAAUUACCUAUAGAAUUCCUCCUUAAAGUAUUCAACCCCCUUAACUUGCCUUUGUGCUUAUCAGGAUGUGUUUAAGAAUAGAAAAUGUGUUGUAAUGAAGUGAGACUGAGAAACUGAUUUAUUCUAUUGUUCUGUUUUAUUUCCUGUCCUAUUGCAUAGCUUAACGACUCUUUUACCUCCACAUCGGGUAGAUGUAAAAAAUACAUUUUAACAGUCCUUUGUUGUGUAAAUAAAUGUAAUCUAAUUUGAUAUACUGCAUUGUUAGUUGGAUGUAGAUCUGUUAAUGUUUAGCAGAGUUCAAUUACAGGGUUUUUGUUUAUGUGUGUUUUCUUAACGUACCUCAGGAGUUUUAUUGAUGCUGUAAUUUGGAUCAGGUACUUACAUCCCUGCAACCUGUAGUUUUUAAUUGUGCUAUUCAUUGUACAUCAAUCCUGUACAAUAAAAUGCAUUUUUUUUUA